UCCGGGACAAGCAAGCGUGGAAGCAAGCCUAGGUUACGGGUAGGCUGAAGUGAAAUUGUCUCCAGUAAUCGUUGCGGUUGAAGGAAGGUGUUCAACCGUCGCCGCUAUAUUCAGUUGAUAAAGCAGCCAAGGAGUCUCCGUGAAUUCCAGGCCGUGCCAAGCAAACUGUAGUUAUCGUCUCUGCACCCACUGGCAGAAUGCAAGGCCAGGGCUUCCCCGACACUCACACGACCACCACGACCACCACAACAACCAAGUCUACCUCGUGGCUGGUGUUCGACCCAUCAUAUCUGCGCACCUUGCCAGGCAUCCUGAAAGGGGCACAAAUUAUUAUCAACCUGAUUGGAUUUAUCUGCUCUCAAUUGGACUACUACUUUCCAAGCACAUCCAACUGGUAUGGCUUUGUGUCAAUGACUGCAUUCUGGGUCUCCCUGGUGCUCCUCUUCUUCUACGUUUUUCGCCUGAUUGAGAAGAUCAAGAUUAUUCCUUGGAUGCUUGCGGAGUUCGUGUACUGCGGUGUCUGGGCUGCUCUGUAUUUUACAGCUGCCAUAGCUGCAGCUGUCAAAGGCAGAUAUCAAGAAUGUCUUGCAGCUGCUGCUUUCUUUGGUUUCGUGGCCAUGUUCCUGUAUGGUGCGGAUGCCUUCUUCAAGUACAAAGGCUGGAAGUCUGGAGAGCCUGCCCAGGGUGAGAGAUCGGUGCCCAAUGCAGGGCUUGGAGCUUCAAACACGGUGUCUCCUACCAGCCCCAACUACCCUGCCUACUAACAAUGCACGCUACUAAGGCAUGCACCCACACCUCGGGCUAAGACCAGUCUGAGUGAAGGGAGGUGUGGAGACAAACCUUGCGAGUCAUGCAUUUGGCGCUAAAAUGGAUGUCUACCAGGUUGUCAGUGAUGGGAGGCAGCUCCUGCAAUGGGAAACCAAAACAGUGAAGAAGAGGAGUAGCACUUGUCAUACUUUUCUUACUUUGGCUGCAUCACCUUUUUCUUUGUGUUUAUGCAUAUUUGAGGGUUUUAUAAAUGGCAGUGUGCCAAGAGGAAAACAAAGUUAACAUUUUGCGGUCGGCAUAUUAGGCGAUAAGAAGUUGUUGUAGCUCUCACUUCUGCUGUUCUAGUGUUAUCUGUCAUUUGCUUGUUUGCUUAAUGAUUGAGAGAGACAUUCAGCUGUUUCAAAUGAACAGAGAAGCUUUCAACUUAUCGGCUGCUAAGUGCUGAUAUGCAGUGCUGCUGCACACCUCUAUUUUCAAACAAGAAGUAUAGUACCAAAGUAUAUUUUUUAUUUGCUGCCACAGGGCAUUGUAGUGUUUUAUUUAAAGCCUUGCAUUCGGGAAAAAACAGUUCCAUUCAGCACAAAUGUUGGAGGCCCUGUUUUUGAUGUGUGGAGGCAGUAACAUUUUUUUGUGAUUAUGUGCAAAUUAUCUUUUAUGCACAUUUUUGUCAUCAGUACAAGCAUAAAAUUUUGUUGGAGAAUAUUGAUAUAAUUGUUAUGUACAUAAAUGGUCUAUAAAAUGUCUUGAACAUGUUAUAUGGCCCAGCUUGCAUUGUGUACAGGCAAAAGGAAUGACAUCAGAUAUCUUAGUCUGAAACUGUCAUGAAAUACCUAUUAGGUUGUGUGCUAAACUGCUGCACUGUGAAAGCGAAAGCAGCAGUUGCAUCAAGACCUUUAGCUCUGCAUGAUUAUCACUAUCCUUUAUUAGUUUGUUGCAAGGAUGCCUUGCAGCUUAGCUAAUAUUGAUGCGUUGGAUCUUGUUAGUACUUGCUGCAUGUAUUGCACACACUGAGGCCGCACAUUUGCAUGUUCAGAGGUUUACUAUACUUGCACUAAUGUUUGUUUAGUCCUAUAUUUAGCCCUGCAGUGAGCAUGGCCUUGACUUGUAUAGUCCUUCACUGUAGCGCUCUCAUGUAGUACAAAAGCAUCAGCUCAAGUUUUGCCAACGCAUUGAUUGUCCUUGUAAUCUGUUCAUGUAGACAGUAUGUGACAGUUUUAUCUGUAUGUUACAGUCACUUCCUUUUUCUUAUUUUUCUGGGGCCUAGAUAUUAUUAAAUUUGUGCAUAUCUACACUGCACAUUCAACAAAAACUGAACAAGCAUGGAGUCAGUGAUGUGUUGCUUAUGUUCAAUGCCCUGUUCCUCUCAUAGAAAUUAUUUACACUGUGUACAUUGUUCUCUAUCUGCAGUAUCAUUGUAGUGAUAUUUGUGUCCUUAAGUGGUUCUGCCUUUCCAUUACCUUGGAUGAAAUGAAAAUGCAGUUUGUGUAUUCAUGUUACAUCUACUUUAAGGCCUGCCACUUGCAGGGCAUCUUGCAGCUUAGCACAUGUUGCAUGCCAUGAAUGAAUGGCCACUGCAGAUGGCACCACUGUAGAAUAUACCAUUAACUUGGUUUAUUGUUGUUGAACUUUAUUUCUAGAGGAUACAAGCUGAGCUAUUUCACACAGUAACAAUAUAAUUCAAAAUUUAUGACAGUUCUACUUGUUUCAUUUCUGUUUUGUUCACAUGCCACUUUUUGUCUACAGACUUGCCGAGAUCAAGGGAUUUGAUCACAUGUGCUAGGUUACUUUUUCAUCAUUUUCUUGCUACACCUUUUAUUAAUUUAUUCAAGGCGAAGAAUUUCGCAUUAUAGAUAUGGCAGUAUUUCAAGACUGAUUAUUAUUAGACUGAUUGUUUUAUUAACUGUAAUCUUGAAGCUCACUAGCCAAUGGUAUUUCUUCCUGUCAUUCUUUUAUUGCCCUGAUAUGUCAUUUGGUAACACAUCUUGUCUUGUGGUCUUGCCAGGCUGUGACUGAUCACUAAGCAACCUUGAUGCAACAUUUUUGUAUCGUGCCAAGGUGUCCACAAAAUUUUUGCUCUUCCUGUUGUAUGAGGACACCCUGAGCAUCUUGUUUGUUGAUUGAAUUGUGCCAUAACAUAUAUAGCAGUUUUCAAUCUUGACUGUAACGUUGGAGACACUGAACAUAAAUGUGCCACAUGACUGGCAGUAGCAGGGAGGGUUAUUUUCGUAUGACAGGGCACCCAAAAAAGUGUUUCAUUUAGAAUGCUGCAGUGCUGAAUCUCUCACCGAACAACCUGCAUUCUCAUUUGCACUUGUUCCCAAACUGCACUGUCAUCCACCUUCUGUCAGUCUGUUGUAGUUGUGCCAGGCCUAUGAGCAAUGCACAUACCAAAUGCUUUGUCUGUGCUAGGUCAGAGCAUUAUCGUUUGUUGUUAUGAAAAUGUGUAUGGAUGACAACUAUGUAUACAUGCAAGGAUAUCUGGGCUGGUAGGGCAGUUGAACGAAUGCCCACAUAAAAGUAGCUCCUUCAGGAAAUGGCGUUGUCAUGUGUAAAACCACUGCCAAAUGGGUGGGAAUGUGUUUGUGUGUAUGUGUGCAUGUGUGGACACAGUGUUGGAGAAAGAAGCCACGUUACUUGGGGCUGUAACAUCGAAGACUUUGCCAGUCACCUGUUACUUGUGUUGUCUAUUAUCGUUUCAUCACUGGCACGGUUAGGUUCUUGUUUGUUUCCCAUUUGAGACCUUGCCCGAAGUGUAGUCUUGCACUGUUGAAAUUGUCUUAAUUGAUUUAUUUUGCAAAAUGAGGUGCAUGCUUUGAACAUACAUUAAAGAUCAGUGCUGAUGCAAAGAAAAUAUCGGGCAUUGUUCAAUGUAAUGUCCUUUUUGCACUGCUUUCAUAUCUUCAAGCUUUUUGUGCUCACUUAGUUUUCAAGUACUGAUUUUGCAUGUAGAAACAAAUGCAACUUCAUGUUGGUAUAGCUGGUAAAAAGGCGUCAUUAAUUUAUAUACUUGUUCUCCCUGUUACUGGAUUAUGAGUAUCGUAGUUUUCAACGGAAAAAUACAUCUUGCUGUGUUGUGAAUUGGCCCUGGUUUAAAAUAGUAUUUAAGAAUCGCAAAUGUAAUGGUCAUGCACCUUUUGGCUGAUUGGUUUAAUGCCACCGAUGCGGCAAAUAAAAUGCCAUGUUUAAUCGGCUUCAGUGGAGCACCUGUUGGCUGUUGUGCUUUUCCAUUGUCCAAAGACCUGUAUCCAUAGCCUAUCCAUCCAUACCACGCAUGCACAUCGUACGUGUGGUUAUAACAUUAACUUCAUUAUUGCUUAACAGUUGUCAAUGUUUUUUGUUCAUGCUGUCUUUGUUCGUGUCGUUUUAGCUGUGGUCACAUUUGCAGUGUAUAAAUGUUGCAGAUCUAAAUACCUGCUCUGCAUUGUACAUGCUUCAGGAGCACUUGUAUAGAGUGCAAUUGUUCUGAAUGAUUCUGAAGUAACUGUAGAAAACACAGUACAUCAGGAGAUGGCCAUUGUUGUGUGUCUAUUUAUUGAAGUGCUGUAUUGUGCCGAAAGGGCAGUUUUGUUAAGAGCACUGAAACAGUUUCCUUAAGCCUGAAAAAUGCAUUGGAAUGAAUGCACUGUACCGCUAAAGAAAUAGCUUCCUGAAGGAAUUUUUUGUGAAGGACGCACUAAUACGAUUGGAGAUAUUAGGAGCGCAAUGCGCAAUUUUACCAUUACCCUUCAAGUCUUACUGUUCACUCACAGGAGGCUGCUUCAGUAAAAAAUGUCCCGUCUA